CUCGGAAGUGACGCAGCGCGCCCCGCCCCGCCGCUAGAUCCGCUGCUGCUGCCGCGGCGGGCGGACCUGCAGGAGGCGGCGGCGGCGGCCGAGGCCGAGGGAAGAUGGCGGACGGUGUGGACCAUAUAGACAUUUACGCGGAUGUGGGCGAAGAGUUCAACCAGGAAGCUGAAUAUGGUGGGCAUGAUCAGAUAGAUUUGUAUGAUGAUGUCAUCUCUCCAUCUGCAAAUAAUGGAGAUGCCCCAGAAGAUCGGGAUUACAUGGAUACUCUCCCACCAACUGUUGGUGAUGAUGUGGGUAAAGGAGCAGCACCAAAUGUUGUCUAUACAUAUACGGGAAAGAGAAUUGCAUUGUAUAUUGGGAAUCUAACAUGGUGGACAACAGAUGAAGACUUAACUGAAGCAGUUCAUUCUUUGGGAGUAAAUGAUAUUUUGGAGAUAAAGUUUUUUGAAAAUCGGGCAAAUGGCCAGUCAAAGGGGUUUGCCCUUGUUGGUGUUGGAUCUGAAGCAUCCUCAAAAAAGUUAAUGGAUUUGUUGCCUAAGAGAGAGCUUCAUGGUCAGAAUCCUGUUGUAACUCCAUGCAAUAAACAGUUCCUGAGUCAAUUUGAAAUGCAGUCCAGGAAAACUACACAAUCAGGACAGAUGUCUGGGGAAGGUAAAGCUGGUCCUCCGGGAGGCAGUUCACGUGCAGCAUUCCCACAAGGUGGUAGAGGACGGGGCCGUUUCCCAGGGGCUGUUCCCGGUGGGGACAGAUUUCCUGGGCCAGCAGGACCAGGAGGGCCACCUCCACCUUUUCCAGGAAAUUUGAUCAAGCAUCUUGUUAAAGGAACUCGGCCUUUGUUCCUGGAAACUAGGAUUCCAUGGCAUAUGGGGCACAGCAUAGAGGAAUUACCCAUUUUUGGCCUAAAAGCUGGACAGACACCACCACGUCCACCCUUAGGUCCUCCAGGCCCGCCCGGUCCACCAGGCCCUCCACCUCCUGGUCAGGUUCUGCCGCCUCCUUUAGCUGGGCCUCCUAAUCGAGGCGAUCGCCCUCCUCCACCAGUCCUGUUUCCUGGACAGCCUUUUGGGCAGCCUCCGCUGGGCCCGCUUCCUCCCGGCCCUCCGCCUCCAGUUCCAGGCUACGGCCCCCCUCCUGGUCCACCACCUCCACAACAGGGACCACCUCCGCCUCCAGGCCCCUUUCCACCUCGCCCACCUGGCCCUCUUGGGCCACCCCUUACACUCGCUCCUCCUCCGCAUCUUCCUGGACCACCUCCAGGGGCCCCGCCGCCAGCUCCACAUGUGAACCCAGCUUUCUUUCCUCCACCAACUAACAGCGGCAUGCCUACAUCAGAUAGCCGAGGCCCACCACCAACAGAUCCAUAUGGCCGGCCUCCACCAUAUGAUAGGGGUGACUAUGGGCCUCCUGGGAGGGAGAUGGAUACUGCAAGAACGCCACUGAGUGAAGCUGAGUUUGAAGAAAUCAUGAAUAGAAAUAGGGCAAUCUCAAGCAGUGCUAUUUCAAGAGCUGUGUCUGAUGCCAGUGCUGGUGAUUAUGGGAGUGCUAUUGAGACAUUGGUAACAGCAAUUUCUUUAAUUAAACAAUCCAAAGUAUCUGCUGAUGAUCGUUGCAAAGUUCUUAUUAGCUCUUUGCAAGAUUGCCUUCAUGGAAUUGAAUCCAAGUCUUAUGGUUCUGGAUCAAGACGUGAACGAUCAAGAGAAAGGGAUCAUAGUAGAUCACGAGAAAAGAGUCGGCGCCAUAAAUCCCGCAGUAGAGAUCGUCAUGAUGAUUAUUACAGAGAGAGAAGCCGGGAACGAGAGAGACACCGGGACCGGGACAGGGACCGGGACCGAGAGCGCGACCGUGAGCGCGAGUAUCGACAUCGUUAGCAGCUGAAGGAAGAGGAACACCUUCCAAGACAAAACAGUCUUCUGGAAAAAUGACGCUUGUCCAGCAGUUUGCUUCUUGUGAUUGAACUGAACCUGUAAGGAUUCAUGGAUAAAAUGAACAGGAAUAGAUCUGAAUAAAGCAAAUCUGCAUAAAUGGUAACCAGUAGCUCUACUUUUAUUUUUUAUGUUGCUUAACUGUUUUAUUUGAAGGAAACCUGUGUGAUUUAAAAAGUUAAAGCUUUUGCAACUUUAUUACUGGUUAUAUACAUUUGGCCAUUAUAAUGUGCAAGCAAUUGGAAAAAAAACGUCAAGUAAAUGCUUGUUUUAUAGUAGUUUGUUCUUGUUAAAAAAAUGUUCAUAUGAUAAUGUCUGUAAACAGCACCACUUUGAUUACAAUAGAUGUAGUGUUGUAAUAAACUGUUUAAUGGGGCUGAUGUGUAAAGCUGUUCAAGUUAUUUGAUGUUUACACCUCAGGGAAAGUCUUGUGUUCAGCAAUAUCUAAAGAUAAUGUUACUAUGACAUUUAUACUGUCGUUUAAAAAAAAACAACAACAUUGCAAUAGCGUUUUUGGAUAUGCAUCAACCUAAUCUUGCGUUCAGUGAAUUAAACAUACUAAUUAAGUGUCUCUUGCCCUUGAUUUUGAUAUUAGAAUAGGUGAUUAUCUGGAUAUUUAAUAUUUCUAUAUUCUGCUUUUCUAGCUGUUUUUACCUAGUUAAGCUUGUGACUUUGCUGAAUGGUAUGUAAACUUGUAAAAAACUGAAAUUUCACGAUAUAGCAAUCCAGUCAUUGUGUUAGGGGUCAACAAAGAUUUUGUGAUUUUAACAUUUUAGUAAAAACCCACACAUGAUUUGCUACAGUAAUGCAGCUUAAUUAAAAGACACAUGUACUGAAACGCUUAAUUGUAAACUGCUAGCAUUGAAGAAAUAUUUUGACAAUUCUGAUUUGAUGCAGCGGUUAUUUGCUAUUUUAUAUUGAUAGUGCUUAUGGUUUAUUUUUGAAGCCAUGGGCGAUGUAAAUAUAGGCAGCUGUGCAGCAGACAAAUGUGAGUAAAGAAAGCCUUAGUUUUCUUUUCCAGUUACAGAAAAUAGACUUCUGAAGGAUGUGAUGCUUAUUAACAUUGGGUUGUAUUCUCCUGUAUUUGUAAUGGGAGAUUAUAGGUGUACCUGUCUCCACAGUUUAAGGAGUUCUGUGUAUUCAUGCAGUCUAUUUAAUUCAUGCUAAAGUUACCUAGUUAAUCAAAGGUUUUUUUCAAACCUGCCUUGCAUAUAAGCCCACAUUAAAAGCACCUGGCUAGCAUGUAUUCUUAAUCAGCAUAGGCAGAGUGUCAGUUUAGGAAGGUCAUUCUGAAUCACUGCUUCAAAAAUUUGAGUUAAAACCUUUAAGCUUGUUUUUAAUGUUUUUAAAAUCUAAUAAUCUUUGAGAGAUCUUCUGAUAAUACACAUUUUUAAAGUAUAGCUAAAUUUUAGGACAAUGCUAAUUUAAGCACCCUGGAUAUUAUGUAAUGUGCAACCUUAGAAGCCCUCCAGAGAACUGCAGUUCUUCACUUUCAUGUUGGCCACUAUCAUACUAGCUCUUACAGAAUUAGCUGUUCCAAAUAUUGCCAGUUUUAUUUUAAAACGUUUUGUGAUUAGGGUGUUUAUGCAUGGAAUCACUGGUGUUCAUCAGAACUGUUUGCUCUCAAAAAUGAUUUUUUUUUAAUCUUGUUGAAAAUGCAGUUGGCUUUUUAACAUUUGAGAGUUGUAUCAAAAUCAGUUUUCUUGCUUUGUGUAUAGGUGGUGUUAGUUUUUAUUAUUUCUUAGCUUUUUAAAUAUUACAAUGCCGUAGUGCGAAGAAGUAUGGACAUAAAUAUUACAAGGGAAUUAGUUAAUAGUUUAAAAGGUAAGUAAAUGUCCAUGAGGAUACAAUUUUCUCUGAAAAGUUUAAAAAUGGAAUCAUAAAAAUCUUAACUGUGCUUGAACUUGAAAUGAAAACUGGAAGUUUUAUGCUAAUUAAAUCCUUCAUAUAUGUUUUCAUUUUUUUUAUCAGUGGAACCCUUUAAAUUGCUCAUUCUAUAUCAUUCUUCUCCCUGCUUGGCUGAUCUCAUUACGCACUUUUGUUGCAGACAAUGUGAGUGUACUAUACUUGUUUGCUGUUAGUCUGUUAAUUUUUAAGUGUCAUCAAAAGGGAAUAACUUUUUGAUUUGAUCAGUUUUUGCAAAGUCUUUAUCUGAUAUAUGAAUAUAUAGCAGUAAGGGUGAAAAGGCAAGCUUUGUUUUAUUCUUCAUUCCCCCCCCCCCUUUUUUAAUGGGCUGAUGUUACUGAAAACUUUUUUAAUGUUAAAAACAAUCCAAAGAGAUUAAUCUUUACAUAGACACCAAAAGAGAGUCCCAGAGAUCUUUCUUAUUUCUUUCUGAUAAUAAUUAUAGUGGCUGUGAAAUCAAACUUGAGUUUAAUUUUAAGCCAUAGCAUUUAUUUGUGCUAUGCAGCCACAUUCCUCUCAGCUGGUAAAGUUAUGAAUGAGUGAUAGAGCACCUAAAUGGUAUUGCUUCCGAAGCAGCCCUUUGAAUUGAAUGUGCUAAAGGACAUAGGUUUUGGAAAGGAUAUUCCAGUAUAAAUUUGUGAGUGUUUUGUCAGUUCUCAUAAGCAAGAUUUGGAGUAAGUUGCAGUGGCUAAUGAUCAUAAUUUAGCCCAUUUAUCUAGAAUAUUCUUAAGCAGUUAACUACAAUUUGGAGUUCACAAAAAACUUAUGGAUUGUAGCUUAAGGUAUUAUUUUCAGUUAAUUCUCCUAUGGAGAAUAUUACUUUGUUUUCUACUAGCUUAUGGUCCAUUCUUAAACAUGGUGGUUUUAAUCAAUGUUGUAUAACAUUUUAUAGUGAAAGGGGAAAAUUGUUGGAAUGGUAAAGACUUUCUUUCCUUUAUGUAUUAAAAUGUGCCAAUAACCUAAAUACAUACUGUUUUAUAACAAUGAGAUACUACUGCAAGACUUUCUGUUGCAGUGCUCUCGACAUUUUGGUUUUCAUACCUGAGUGAUCAUUGUGUUUUCUGUAUCUUGUAAGAUGGCCUCACUUUUGUGUUUUAAGCAUUAGCUUGUUUUUUUAAGAGGAAGUUUAUGUUCUGAUUCUUUACUGAGAACACAGUAUUGAGAUCCUAGCUGUUUUACAUAUAGCUGCCUUUUAAAUUUUAUCCAUUAAGUUCAUUUGCAUCCCAUGGCCAUCUGUAAUGUGCCCUGUAGCUGUAUGUACUUUUAAGUGCAUGCUUAUCCAUUGUACACAUUAGACAUUUUUGUGCUGAAAUAUAUUAAGUGGGAUUUAUGUAGCAAAGCAUUCUAUUUUUCUGUUCUACAGUAUUUGUGUUGUUGUUUUCUACAUUAACCUUCAGUUUAAACACUGGUGUAUUUGUUUUAUUUUUUUAGCAACUUGACUCUUAGAAGCCUUAGACUAAUUUUUUAAUAAAUACUAAACCAAAAAUUAUAAAUUUAUUAAGAUGUGGCCUUACAUAUAGCAUUCCUUGUGUUUGUAAUGUGAGAAUUUUGAUUUAGAGAUUUCAAAAGAUUCAGGAUUAAAACAAUUUAUUGUAAGCUGAAAUAGAAAAUGUGUUUUAAAAUGUCUAGGCUUCUGGGAGAAAGUUCUUAUACUCUUCUUUCUUGGAAUCAGAAAGAAGUAAUACGAAGUUUUAUAAAUACUCAAUAUUCAGGCAGUUGUAUUGUGUUCAGAUUGAUUUAGGUUUGUUUUAACCAAUUUCUUUAAAAUUUCAGGUUGUUGGUAUUCACUCUGAAUGUGCAGCUAUUAUGGUUUUUUAUGGGACGUAUAAACACUUGGUUAGGUUUAUAUAUAUUUUAAUGUUUUAAAGACUUCCUGCUAUAUUAAUUAGCCUCUUGUAAUGGGAGUUUUUUAAAAUAUUAAGUAGAGUUUAAUUGAAGUCACACAAAUCUUGAAACGGUAUCUGCAGAUAGUAAAUACUUCAGAGAGUUUUUCAUAUGGGAGUAACCUAAAACUCCUUCAUGGAUGUAAAUGUUUUACAUCAGUUUCAUAAUUGGACAGACCCUGCAUUUAGUGGAAACAUUUCAUUUUGAAGAUGUGUUCUUUUCGUCUUAAUUGUUACUGCGUAAUCCUUCCCAGCAUUUGUAAGUUAAAUUAUUUUCAAAUGGUGAAUUCAUGUUUAUUUUUUUACUUUGAAAAUUGUAGUACUCAGGUGGUAUUUAAUGGGAAAAGAUCCUUUGGGGUAAAUCAUAAUGUGUUCUAAGGAAUGCAUCUAUAACAUUGACGACUUUAGCCUUAAAAAAAAGGUCUAUUAUUCCUCCUUCCUCUUCAUUCCAUGAUAUAUUAGCAAAGUAGUUUACAGCCUUGUACAGCCUUACAAAGUUGUUUUACAAUAUUUAAUGGAGAGCCCUUAACAAAAAAUUGUAUCAUAUUACCAGUAUACGUGAAUUACUGAACCACGGUUUGUAAAUAAUUUUAUCUAAUACCAGAAGGCCAAAGAAAGUCUUAAAAUUUUAGCUAUUGACUCUAUGGUGACUUCACAAUAAAAUUUCUUUGCAAAAGGUAAGGUGAUAUUUGAUCAAAUAAACACAUCUUUUUGAUGUCCAUGAGAAAUAGACUUCCAUAUUAGCUUCUAUUAAAAAGCUCAUUCCAUUUUAUUAAAAUGAUUGUAAUUGCAAUUUUGUGUUUAAUGUUUACUUUCUGUCUUUUCUUUCUUUAGCAUUUAGGUGACUGUUCAGCAGUUUGCUAUUUGGCCAUUGUUGGCCUUUAAACUGCACUAGUAACGAGCAUGGUAUUUAUCUUGUAUUGAAAAUAAAACAGUUUUUAUAAGA